GGUUGCUUAAUAAAUGUCAGAACGCAGAAGUCAAAACACAGGAGUUUUAUAAAUUCUAUAAUAUCUUAACUUCGGUCUGCGCAGCAAAUUUUUAAAAAUAACAUUGCAUGUGUAAUUUCUUAAGUGAUAUAUCAAGUAGUUUUAUUUUCUUCGAAGUCUAAAACGUAAGAAGUCAUGCCUCGUGUUAAAAUUGACUAUGUGGUCAGUUUUAGUAGUGAAGAUCCUGAAAACCAAGCAAACAAUAUUACGGAGUGGGAGGUGAGCAAGAAGAAAUGGCUCUGUAGUAAGGGAGAGUCUUCAUGCUCAAUCGUGCUGCAAUUGGUCAAAGCUGUUAAGAUUGAGUCCAUCAGUAUUGGAGCUCACCAUGCCGCCUCAGUAGAAGUAUUAGUUGGAUUGUCAGAGAAACCUAAUGAGCCCUUUCAGGUACUGGUCCCGAGCUGCAUGUUGUUGUCGCCGGCCGAGUCCCGCCGCGACGCGGGCGUGGAGCGCGUGCGCUCGUUCAGCGGCGCGCAGCUCGCCGGCGCGCGCGGGCGGCGCUGGGACCGCGUGCGCGUCGUGUGCGCGCAGCCCUACAACAAGCACUGCAAGUAUGGCCUGUCAUUCGUGCAUAUCCACGAGCCGGAGAGCACGAUGUCGCGGACGUUCGCGUUCGGCGCGCUUGCAGCCGACGACGACGAGUUCCGCCCGGGGGAGCUGUUCGCGAGCACGCGACGCACGACUGCCGAUGCACAAAUAAGGCAAGCAUCUAUGGACGCUAUUAAAAACGAUUCGGACAAGUACACCAAGCUUAUUAAAAUUCCUAUCGCUAAAACGACCGGUAAGGAAUGCCGUGGAGAGGAUGACGAACCGUGCUCAAACCGGCGGAAGGAAAACCUUAUGUACACAGAUGAUGAUAUAAAGCCACACGAUAAAAUCGACCAGGUGGUCCAAAGACAUAAACAACAAAAGGAUGAGGAAAAUUUAUCACAGAAUCAAAGAACUAGAGAACAUCAAGGCAAAGAAAAGAUAAAAAUUAAUAAUAUAGACAGAGACAGCAAAAAAAACAAGAUACCACAAGACCCACAACAGCAAGUAGGGGCCACAAAUUUUUCACCUCAGAGUAAAGUCGUCAGAAAAGAUACUCCGAGUACUGCGGAUUCAUCUCACUCGAAGAAACGGAAACGAUCGGUUGAAGAGCCGGGCCCGCGCGCGCACGAGGCCGCCGUGCUUGCGGGCGUCGUGUUCACGCUCAGCGGAUACGAGAACCCGCUGCGCGCCGAGCUGCGCGACGUCGGCCUGCGUCUCGGCGCGCGCUACCUGCCCGGCUGGCGCGGCUGCACGCACCUCGUGUGCGCGUUCCCGAACACGCCCAAGGUGCGCGAGGCGCGCGCGGGCGGCGGGCGCGCGGCGGCCGUGGCGGGCGAGUGGCUGCGCGCGUGCGCGGCGCGCCGGCGGCGGCUGCCGUGGCGCUGGUUCGCGGUGCAGCCGAGCGAGCGCGAGGCGCCGCCCGCCGACUGGCAACUCGACCGCCCGGACUUCGGUGGCGAUAGCGACAUGGACACCGAUGAUGAAAUCGAGAAAGUUCUGCAACAUCAACGGAAAAAGAACAAAACAAACUCUCCGGUCGCCGACGACACGAGCGCCCCGCCGACGGCGGACGUCGUCGACGACGCGAACGCGUCCCGCGAGUCCGACGUGACGUUCGUGCGGGACGAGCGCGUCCGCGACGAUAUCACCCUCGACGACUCCGACUCCGACUCCGACUCGGAUCUCACGGACCGAGACGACCAACCGGCGCGACUGGAGAAGAUCGAUACGGAAAAAGAAUUACCGCACUUCUUCGAAGGCUUGACUUUUACGAUCUCGGACGAUUUGGACGCCGAGUACGACCGCACACUGCUCGUGCGAUACAUUCGCGCCUACGGAGGACUCGUGGUCGAGCCGGCGGCGGCGCUGGGCGGGCGCGCGCAGUACCGCGUGUGCGGCGGCGCGGGCGGCGCGGGCGGCGCGCGCGUGCGGCCCGAGUGGGUGUGGCGCUGCCACCGCGAGCGCUCGCUAGUGGCGGACGGGCGGCGCGCGCGUGCGGCCCGAGUGGGUGUGGCGCUGCCACCGCGAGCGCUCGCUAGUGGCGGACGGGCGGCGCGCGCGUGCGGCCCGAGUGGGUGUGGCGCUGCCACCGCGAGCGCUCGCUAGUGGCGGACGGGCGGCGCGCGCGUGCGGCCCGAGUGGGUGUGGCGCUGCCACCGCGAGCGCUCGCUAGUGGCGGACGGGCGGCGCGCGCGUGCGGCCCGAGUGGGUGUGGCGCUGCCACCGCGAGCGCUCGCUAGUGGCGGACGGGCGGCGCGCGCGUGCGGCCCGAGUGGGUGUGGCGCUGCCACCGCGAGCGCUCGCUAGUGGCGGACGGGCGGCGCGCGCGUGCGGCCCGAGUGGGUGUGGCGCUGCCACCGCGAGCGCUCGCUAGUGGCGACGGGCGAAAGCGUUCGUGUGUACGAGACGUGUAACCGACUGUGAUUGGUUCGAUUCAUUCGAGCCAUCAGUUCGAUAAGACAUCGACGUUUAUAUUGUUGACUUUUAAAAAAUAUUUUUUUAUUAUUCACCAUUACGGAACAGAAAUAAUAUACCUUGACUUUGUAAGGUUUCAAAUAAAGGAGAAUACAGAACUUUUACA